CCACAGGAUGCUGAGAUGACUGUCAAGCACUUGACGCGGGACUGGAGAACCACGGCGUACGCCUUGCAUCACUCCGAGCUGCUGGAGCUGAACGACGAGGACCGUAAGGUGCGGCGCAGGACGACGGUGCCGGUGUUCGCCAGCGAGUCUCUGCCGAGUCGCAUGCUGCUGCUGAGUGAGCUCAAGCGCUGGCCGGAGCUGGGAGUCGCGCUCGGGGCCGACGGCGAGGCAGGGGCCACCCAGCAGGAGCGGCUGAUGGAGCUCCUGCUCAAGGCCUUCGGAAACUACGGGCCCAUCGCCUCUGUCAUGUACUGUGUGGUUCUAAUCGGCACCAAGCCUCCCAAGAAAAAGAUCCCAAAGGACCGAGACGAUGGAGUCGGUGGUGUCCGCAAGAGCCGCUCACUGAACAGCCGCGUCCGAGAGCUCCAGUAUCACGGCGGAGACGACUCGGCCGCGAGUUCCUCGGAAACGGAGAGCAAUCCCACCUCGCCGCGUUUGGCCCGCAAAUCACGCUCCUGCAACAAGCUCAGCCCCACGAGCGGCGGGCCCAAUCACCUGAGUCCGGCGGUGUCUCCGCGCUCCAGUCCGUGGAGCAGCCCACGUGCCAGCCCCUGCACCCAGCGCAAGACGCCUCUCUCGGGGAAGUCUCCGCUGGCCAGCGAGGGCCGCUUGAGCCCCGAGCCGGCUCGCCGAUGGGCGGACUAUUCCUCGGACAGCAGCUUGACCCCUUCGGGAAGCCCUUGGGUCCAGCGGAGGAAGCAGGUGGCCAGUCAGGAGAGCAGCCCGGUGGGAAGCCCGAUGCUCGGGAGGAAGAUCCAGAACGCAGAUGGUCUUCCUCCAGGCGUGGUUCGACUCCCGAGGGGUCCGGAUGGGACAAGAGGCUUCCACUCAUCUCCCUCCGGAGAGCGAGGCAAGGCAGCAUCCACGCAAACCUGUCUCUAAAGACCGUCCCUCUUGACCCUCGCACUCUCAAAGCAGUCGUGACAUCUCCAUAGGACUGGCCUGGUCUUUUUGUAAAACCUUUUUCUAUACGCUAUUUUUGUUAAACGUUUUAUACAUCUUAAUUUCUCACUGAAUGAUGGCACCACCACAACAAGGGGGAAGCCGUUCUGAAAGUGUUUCUGUUUUAAAUCGCCGCCAUGUUUUCCGUUGUAAGGAGAUUCUACCAGUGUCUGUCUCCCAUGUAAAUAUUGUAAAUGUAUUCUGUGUGGGUCGUGCUUCAGGCGUUCGGAUCUGAUCUCAGCCUUUGUGAUGACGCCGUUGCCAUAAUCUCGGGAGCCCAGGCACUGGAAAUAUAUUUCGUUUUAUUUGCUUUAACUUCGUCCAUUUGGUUUCUGCCGUCAAACGUGUUUCUCAUUUUAGUGAUUUGCGGAUAAGAUGGGAUGAGUUUUGUUUUGUUAGUUUCUCUGUUCUUCGGUUGAGUCCUCUCUGUUGAAAGUGUUUGAGGUUUCUGUCCUGAGCACAAAUGCCUCGUAUCUGCCUUCAAUCUGGGUUGAGGCAAUGCACCGUCUGCUUCCUUACUGUACAAAUAAAUCACUACAAUCGCA